CGCUCUCUCCCGCUUUUACGACUUUCCAGCAAAUUAAUGGCCUUAUCUUCUUCUUCAUCUUCAAACUCUUCCCCCAUCGUCUCUCUUUCGCCCUUUUCACGUCCAAAUUUCUUCUACCCAUCAAACGUUUCUUUCUUUCACUUUCCUAUCAAACUCAACAACUCAAUUAACUUUAAUUACACCAAUAAUGUUAAUGUUUUAUCAGCUUCGGAGAAGUGGAGACCCAAUGUCUCUUUCUCCUUUCCUUUCUUCUUGAAGAAAGGUAAAGAUGUUAGGGUUCUUAAAGAGGAACUCCUUGAGGCCAUUGCUUCACUCGAUCGUGGCGCCGAAGCCUCUCCCGAAGACCAGCAGCGAGUUGAUGAGUUAGCCCGUAAACUUGAAGAAGUUAAUCCAACAAAGGAGCCACUCAAAUCUGAGUUAUUAAAUGGAAAGUGGGAGCUCAUAUACACUACUUCAAAGUCUAUUUUGCAAACACAGAGGCCUAAAUUUUUAAGAUCUACUACAAAUUAUCAAGCAAUCAAUGUGGAUACACUUAGGGCGCAAAAUAUGGAAUCAUGGCCCUUCUUCAACCAGGUUACAGCAGAUUUGACACCUUUGAAUUCAAGAAAGAUACCUAUCAAGGCACCUGGAAGGGCUCGUGGUGAAUUGGAAAUAACUUACUUAGAUGAAGAGCUGCGGAUAUCUAGAGGUGACAAAGGUAACUUGUUCAUCUUGAAAAUGAUUGAUCCGUCUUACCGAGUGCCUACCUGAUGCAUACUUAGAGAUGACAGUUAAAUUUCCCUCAAUCAAGCUUACUUGGUUACAAGAAUGGACUUAUCUCCACAAGUUUUUUUUUUUUUAAAGAUAAAUAUAAUUGUAAAUUUCAUAGAUAAGUCUUCUUUGUUGAAAAGUUUUUCCUUUCUUAUGGCCUACUUACUAGUUCUGCCGUUUGGCAUUUUCUUUUGUAUAAGUAUUAUAAUGAAUCUCUUAAUUGAAGUUUGUUGUGAACUUUGUUUAUUAAUGUUCAUACAUUGGUCAUUGCUAGGAAUGUCCAUUAUGUUCAA